AUGGGGGUUAACCGCUCUCCUGGUGCUCUAAGGUUAGGCUUGGUAUUUACCUGGGUUGCUCUUUUUGCACUUAUUACUGUGUCACUCCUUGCAUGGGUGUCUAAUGUGUGUGUUCCUCUUAUUGCAGUUCCAAGAAACUAUGACCCUGCACUGCAUCCCUUUGAGGUUCCACGAGAGUACACAAGAGCUCUGAAUGCAACCAAGCUGGAACGUGUGUUUGCAAAGCCCUUUCUUAGCUCACUUGAUGGCCACAGAGAUGGAGUCAAUUGCAUGGCCAAACAUCCAAAAAGUUUGUCUACUGUGCUGUCUGGAGCUUGUGAUGGAGAGGUUAAAAUUUGGAACCUGACCAACCGACAGUGUGUUCGUACCAUACAAGCCCACGAAGGCUUUGUUCGAGGCAUGUGUGCCCGUUUCUGUGGCACCUCGUUCUUCACUGUUGGCGAUGACAAAACCGUGAAGCAGUGGAAAAUGGAGAGCCCGGAAUAUGGAGAAGAAGAGGAACCUAUUCAUACAAUUCUUGGAAAGACAGUGUAUACAGGGAUUGAUCACCACUGGAAGGAAGCGGUUUUUGCCACCUGUGGCCAGCAAGUGGACAUUUGGGAUGAACAAAGGACAAGUCCCAUGUGUUCUCUGACAUGGGGUUUUGAUAGCAUAAGCAGUGUAAAAUUUAAUCCCAUUGAGACAUACCUUUUGGGAAGCUGUGCUUCUGACAGAAAUAUUGUGCUGUAUGAUAUGAGAAAAUCAACUCCAUUAAAGAAGGUUAUCUUGAACAUGAGGACCAAUACACUGUGUUGGAACCCUAUGGAGGCUUUCAUUUUUACUGCAGCAAAUGAAGAUUACAACUUAUAUACUUUUGAUAUGCGCUUUCUGGAAUCACCUGUGAUGGUGCAUAUGGAUCAUGUGUCUGCUGUUCUUGAUGUGGAUUAUUCACCCACUGGGAAGGAAUUUGUCUCUGCCAGCUUUGAUAAGUCUGUCCGCAUUUUUCCUGUAGACAAAGGUCGCAGCAGGGAGGUAUAUCAUACCAAACGAAUGCAGCAUGUCAUCACUGUGAAAUGGACUUCAGAUAACAAAUAUAUUCUGUGUGGCUCAGAUGAGAUGAAUAUUCGUCUGUGGAAAGCUAAUGCUUCUGAAAAACUGGGAGUGCUUGCACCACGAGAGAAGGCAGCGAUGAAUUACAAUCAGAAGCUGAAGGAGAAGUUCCAGUUUCACCCCCAGAUCAGGCGCAUAGCUCAGCACCGGCACCUGCCCAAGAGUAUAUACUGCCAGAUCAAGGAGCAGCGCAUCAUGAGGGAGGCUCGGCGCAGGAAGGAACUGAAUCGUCGCAAGCACAGCAAACCAGGAUCUGUGCCAUUUGUGCCAGAGAAGAAGAAACAUAUUGUGGCAGUAGUGAAAUAAUUGUUUUCACAUGUACAAAAUGUCACAAUGAAAGAAAAAGUCUUUAUUGAAUGAAUACACUGUAC